CCAGGAGCGUUUGUGUAACUCUCCUCAGACCUGCGGGGGAGUUCGGAGUGUUUGGUCAACGAUAGUGGUUCCUAGAAAAGAUCUGAAUCGCUUUAUAAUCAGACCCAGCUGCGGCGUGGUGUGUGUGUGUGUGUGUGUGUGAUGUGGAGGUAGAGGAAGGGGCGUCUGCGCUUCCCUUUCCAAGAGAGAGAGAGAGAGAGAGAGAGAGGGAGAGAGAGAGAAGUUUGGUAUUUUUCCUUCCCUGACUUUUUUUUAGGCAUGAACGCCGAGACCUGCGUUUCAUACUGCGACAUGACAUCCAUGGAUUCGUAUUAUAGCCCCUCCGCAGCGCAAGGUAGGGACCACCAGGCGGACCACUUUAGGACCUUCCCAGCCGCUGACACCAAAUACAGCGCCGCCGCCUUCCUGCCCAACAAAGGUCAGGCUUACGGAGACAGGUCGCGGAGCCCCUACCAGCAGGAGUGCCAGUCAUUGGAUGCCUCCGCAGCUGGCCAAGGCACUUUCAGUAAAUACCACCUGUUUAUGCAGAGGUCGCCUUGCAAGACGCCCGCCGAGGACGGCAAGCUGCACCCGGACAGGGGACACAACGGGGCGCUCAUCCCGUGCUACGGUAAAGACAGCUCAGGUCUGACAGACACCGAAUUGGCCCCGGACUCCGAACCACCUGGAAUGGACCCCAGCUACCUGACUGUGAAGGACCAAGGUGUCAAGGCGGCCUCCGACAGGCUGCCGGGCACUGACUUAGCGAGUCCUCUCGACAAAGCUGAUGGCAGCGAAAGCAACAAAGGCAAGAAGAGACGUAACCGCACCACCUUCACGAGCUACCAGUUGGAAGAGCUGGAGAAGGUUUUCCAGAAGACGCACUACCCUGACGUCUAUGCUCGGGAGCAGCUCGCGCUGAGGACAGACCUGACUGAGGCUCGUGUGCAGGUUUGGUUCCAGAACCGAAGGGCAAAAUGGAGAAAGCGGGAGCGUUUUGGUCAGAUGCAGCAGGUCCGAACACACUUCUCCACAGCGUAUGAGCUGCCUCUUCUGACACGUCCUGAGAACUACGCACAGAUCCAGAACCCUUCUUGGAUCGGCGGAGGCAGUGCAGCAUCUCCCGUGCCGGGCUGCGUCGUGCCCUGCGACACUGUGACUCCCUGUAUGACCCCUCACCCCCACUCUGCCAGCGGGAUGUCUGAUUUUCUGGGUGUACCGAGCCCCGGCGGUCACGUGGGGCAGGCUCACAUGGGCAGCCUGUUUGGAGGGUCCCCUGGCAUGGCAGGCAUCAACACGUACGAUCUCAACAUGGACCCCGACCGCAAGUCGUCCAGUAUCGCCGCUUUGCGCAUGAAGGCCAAAGAGCACAGCGCCGCCAUAUCCUGGGCCACAUGAUGUGUUGAUGUGUGCUGGAUGGGGGGGACUUGUUGACCCCUGAAACGUCUAAACAAACCCGGCAUGGCAUGAGGGCGCACCAACAUAGAAAAAAAUUCUAACGGCAACAGUGACUACCUUCAUAUAUGUUGCAAUUAAAUAAUUAUGCAAACACACGGAUGGAUGUAGAAUAUGCAAAGAGAUUUGGUAAGAUAAGUAGCAUGGCACUACCGCGUUCCUCAGCCCCUCUGGCGGGAGAAGGCGAUCACAGUUGACGACUGAGCUUUGUGGAGCGGCCGUCGGGAGGAGAUGCUGUACUGUGUAACAGAUUUUGCAGUGUAUUACUGAUUAUAGGCAAAGAAAAAAAAGUUUAAGAAUUUUAAACAAAUCCAUGCACUUAUUUGAUAAAACACAGGAUAUUCUGUUUGUACAGUGCUUUUAUUGUCAUUGUAGUUCUUCUUUUCAGGUGCUGUUUUAUUCUUACAGUGUUAUUUAAAUUUUGAGUGUUACUGUGUUUUUUUUUCCCUCUCUGUCAUUUUGUUGCAGGUUUUGAUUUGAGAAAAAGUUCGGCAACUAUCCUAAACCUGAAAUUCAAAUUUAGUUGUUAUUUGCCAUGUAUGUUUUAUUGUAAUGUGCCAUCUCUAUCAGCAUUAGCACAUGCUGGUGCUAAGAUAAAGCUACAGAAAACCGUUUAUAUCUGUCACAUUACGAAGCUUCGCACGUCCCACACGGACUUUGAAAUAACCACCUCUGGGAGUUGUUCUCUUAGAAGUAGUUCUCCCCCUUCAGCAUUUUAAAAGUCAAACAGAUGAAAUGUGGUUUGUUUUGGUGUGGUCAGGGUGAGAGAUCCACCUGCCACACUGACUCAGCCUGCUGAUGAUCCGGAGAGAGGAAGGGAUGGAGGAGGAUGUGAAGUGUGUGUGGGAGUGUGAGAGGGGCACAGCAGGCCCGCUGCUCUCAGGCCUGAAGAGCCUGGGAGCGCCGGCCUCCGCACAACAGAGCCAGCUCUGUUUUCAGGAAGACAGACCCACGAGUGGACAUGACUGUGCCCUUUCGCGUUUCCAGUCUCAGGAGUUUCAGAGCGAGAAGUGCCUACUAGUCAGUCAGACGGCCAGAAAUAACAGCGAAACCAGCAGCCACCACAUUUGAAAGAGAGGCGGCUGGUGGAGAUUACACACAGUGUGUGUUGACACUUCUGAGCACUGAAAGGAUGUCAGUGUUCAGCAGCCUCCUCUGGACUUAAACUCCACUGUGUUUGGCCUAGAAAGUGCUCAUGGCAGCACCGCCAGCAAACGUGUUGUACGUCCAUCUCUUUUUUUCUCGCAUUAUUUUGUAAAAAAACAGACAAAGGAAGUUGUCGAGCAGAUAAUAACGUCUAUCAUCCUCAGUAAGUUCAAAGGUUUUGUUCAUUACGCAUACACCUAACAUAUCUAGAUGAUGUUAAAUGAUAAUAUUCAAUUUGUGCGAGUAAGGCAACAGGAAGAGCCAAGGAGAUUUCUACAGGAAUUAUUAUUAUUAUAUAUAUAUAUUUUUUUACAGCUGAGGUCUGAUUAUCAUCCAAGCACAGUAGGCAACUGACCCUUGUCCCCAAACUCCCAGACUCACUGUGUGCUUUGUUCUGCAUUGUCACGUUGUGGCCUUGUGAUGUAAAAUGCCCAUUUAUCGAAGCCUAGAUCCAAAACCAUAAUUAUUUAAUUUCCACUUGUUUUCUCCAAGUGCCUAAGCCUAAAUAGUGCGGUGUUUACUCAAAUAACCAUGCAGCACACAAACUGACACACAGUUCUCAUCCUGGGAUCAGUUUGAAUGCCAUCAAAGAUGCACUCGUCGGUUUCCGAGUCUCUGGUUUCUGCCACCUGUACUGUUCGCUGUGUCCUUGAGAGGAACUUGGAGGCAACAGGGGCCCAACAGCAACGACUAACCUCUAACAGGUUGAUCCAGCCAUGUUUACGGAUAGAACAUUGUGUAGAGCUGCAUAGCAGAAGAUGCAACCGCUCUACAGGUACAGUCACAAAGUUUCAGGUUUGGGCCUUUGUCUUUGUUGUUGUUUAUUUCGCAUCAUCUAGCUCAGCCCAAAACCGUACGUCCAAAUCCUCAUAUUAUUUAAAUAUUCGAAUUGUAAAACUUGUUUUUUCCCCUGGCAACUGCAUCCUGCAGUGGCAGAAAUAGCAUAGAAUGUUUUUUCGAUGAGGUUAGGCACGUUCUUCCUUUGUUUGCAAGGCCCCAUUUAGACUUUAAGCACUAAACCUCGUGGUUUAGAAAAGCAAACCUGAUACCCCGCAGCACACCUUCAGGCUGAGCGACCGUUGCUAAUUCACUAAACUGAACCACAUUCACUGUCCUUCUGGGCAGGUAAGAGUCGGGGGCUGCAGGCUUAAACCUGUCAGCAGAGCAGAUCACCCUGAAGUCCAAUCCAAAUUGCAUCCAGUUUUACUCUCCGGACCAAAUCCAAGGCAUAUGCAUAAUCUUUACUAAAGAGCACACAUCUCAAAACCUCCUUGCCCCCCCGCUCUGGCUGAGGGGUUCGACGGAGGGCGAGUCAUGAGGGCGUCUGCUGUGUUCCGGUGUUCUGAGAAAAGGACAGUGCACACAGCUGCGCUCAAGGGGUAAAUGCAAAACAAACAUGCCUCACACAUGCUUCCCCCUCAGCUGUCAUGGCUCUGCUUUCAAAGUUUCACCCCCCGCCUCCCCGUCACCCACCUCAGCACACACAUACACAUCGCACUGUCUCUCCUGUUGCUCACUUCCACUAUAUCCACGGGCCCAAAGCUGCAGCCCCCCC